AUUUUCCUUAUUUCUGGCCCUGUCAGCUCGCCGCCGCUCGUAAACCGCAUACAUUGUGCGAAAUUCUGUUUACGCCAGAAAUUUACGCCUCGUGUGUCGUCCGUAUUACGCGAAACAAACAAAGAAGAAUAGACCGCUCCUGUUUUCGAGUUUUUCGGGAAAUAUUCCAACCCCGCAUUCGAAAACGAAACUAAGGAAAAGGAACUGCUUAGAACGAUUUGCCGAACUGUUCAACUCCAGUAUGACGGGUGAUUUGAUCAAUGAGCCGAUUUUGGUGACCGGCAGCUACGACCACACGAUACGGGUAUGGCACCCGUACACAAGCCAAUGUAUACGAAACAUGCAGCAUGUAGACUCGCAAGUGAACGCGCUAGAGAUUUCACCAAAGCGCAACAUGCUGGUGGCGUGCGGUUACCAACACAUCCGGCUGUACGAUCUUAACUCGAACUAUCCGAACGUCAACUUCGAGGGCGUGACGAAAAACGUGACGAGCGUUGGGUUCCAGGAGGACGGUAAGUGGAUGUUUACUGGGGGCGAGGACGGUAAGGUGCGCAUCUGGGACAUGAAUUCUCCCAGUCCGGCCUGCAAGCGUAUCUUUGACUGCCAGAGCCCGGUCUACGCGGUCUGCCUACUGCCGAACCAGGUGGAGCUGCUGAUGGCGCACCAGGGCGGAGGUAUCUACCUGUGGGACGUUAAGUCCGACCAGCACGACCACCUGCUGCCCGAGGUGGAGUGCUCGAUACUGGACGUGGCUGUCAGCCCGAACGGUAUGUACAUGGCGGCAAUCAACAACAAGGGCAGCUGCUUCAUCUGGACGCUGACGAGCUGGUCCGGUUUGUCCGACCAGGAGACGCAGCUGACCCGGUCCGAGGCGAAGCUGAAGAUACAGGCGCACGACAAGUAUGGACUGCGAUGCAAGUUCAGCCCGGACUCUAACUAUCUAGUGACGUGCUCGGGCGACGGCACGGCACGUGUAUACCGCACCGACACGUGGACAUUGCACGCGGAACUGCGCAUCGAGCGGUACUGGAUGUGGGACGCUGCGUUCAACAACGACUCAAAGUACCUGUUCACUGCCUCAUCGGAUAGUCUGGCCCGGCUGUGGCGCAUCGACACCAAGACGGUUGAGCGCGAGUACACUGGACAUCUGAAGGCGGUUACCGCGCUAGCGUUCCGGGAUGAGCCAGUGCCCAUCAGCACAACCGACGUCACCGGCACGGGGCUAUCCUCCACCCACUAGGUUCGGGGGUGGGGCUGGAGCAUCCUUUUCCUUCGUAUUUUUUCUCGUUGUAUAUAAUAAACCAAAUAAUAUUAACUCGCUCCCGUUCCCUUAAAAUGCAUGUUGUGCCAUGCAAAGCAAAUAAUUACAUAGAUAGUUUAGGAAAACAAUAAAAAAAUAAAGUGAAAAUGCAAAAGA